UGUCUGACUCCAUUUUGUCUGCCUUGGGCUAAUUAUCUUUUCUUCACUCUUCUCUUAUUAUUCAGUAUCUGGAACAUAUCCACUGUUCUGAUUUACUCACGGCGAUUAGACAGACCUGUCCCACCAGAUACAAUGACAUCUGAGAAACAGGUAGUGGCAGAUAACGAAGCAUGGGAACAAGCCGAGGGCAUUCCCCAAUUGAGCGAUCCUUUCCUGCAAAAAUAUCUUGAAGGACGAGAUGCUCUGGUUGCCGAAGAGAAGAAGCAGAGAAGCGACCGUGUUUUCCGUGAGAAUCUUUCUCCUAUGGCCGCGGAAGCAUGCGCCAUAGUGGACCAGAUCAGAUUCGAGGAACAGCAGACCCUUUGGACCCGUGAUUUUGAGGAUAGUCUUGUCAAGAACCACGUAGACGUCUUUCCCGGAAUGAUGUUCUCUCUAGCCAAGGAUCGGAUGGAACGGAGUAAGCUUUGGAAGAUCGUUCAAAAGAUGCCCAAAGGCGCACUCCUGCACUGCCAUUUUGAAGCCAUGGUUGACCUCGACUGGGCUCUAGAAGAGGCUUUCGCUACCGAAGGUGUCUGUCUGUACAGCAAAGAACCGCUGAACAGCGCCAGUGCGCUCAAAACUGCAAGUAUCUUAUUCUCAUGGACCAAGACACGAGCCAAUACAGAGGUCUCCCUGUAUAGCGAACAAUACACUCCUGAGACUCUUAUUCCCAUCAACAUUGCCGCGGACACCUUUCCGGAUGGCGGCCGUAGAGGCUUUAUCGAAUGGAUACGAUCCCGCACGAGCAUCACGGACGACGAACACCUUGCCCACCAUGAAGGCCCGAACGAAAUCUGGAAGAAAUUCCUUUCAUGCUUUCCAAUCCUAGGCUCCCUCGUCUACUACGAGCCCAUCUUCCGCAAGUUCGUCCGCAAGAUGUGCAAGCAGCUCGUCGACGACGGCGUGUACUACGUCGACCUCCGCGACGCCUUCCUCACCCCUUACCGCACCGCCAACGAGGAAGAAUGGGACCCCGACAAUAUCGGCCUUCUGGACCACUUGGAAGACGAAAUCGAGAAGUUUAAAGCCUCAGAGGAAGGCAAAGAUUUCUGGGGCGCACGCAUGAUCUGGACGACGAUCCGCCAGUUCGACAAGCGCGGCGUCAUAGAAAGCAUGAAGGAAUGCAUAGCGAUGAAACUCGAGUUCCCGAACCUCAUCUGCGGCUACGAUCUCGUAGGACAGGAAGAUCUCGGGCGCCCGCUCGCAGAUCUCCUCCCUGAACUCUUCUGGUUCAAGAAGGCAUGCGCCCAGGCGGGCGUCGACAUCCCGUUCUACUUCCAUGCCGGCGAGACACUCGGAGACGGAGACAAAAUCGACGAGAACCUCUUUGACGCAAUUCUGCUCGGCACCCGACGAAUCGGUCACGGCUUUUCGCUGUACAAGCACCCGCUUCUCGUCGACAUGGUCAAGGAGAAGAAGAUCCUAAUCGAGAGCUGUCCCGUUAGCAACGAAGUGCUUCGACUCUGCGGAAGCAUCAUGUCCCACCCUCUCCCAGCAUUGCUCUCCCGUGGAGUACCAUGCUCCCUUUGCAACGACGACCCUACCAUCCUAGGCCAGGGCGUCAGCGGGAUGAGCCACGACUUCUGGCAGGCGCUGCAGGGAUGGGAGAAUCUCGGGCUCGCCGGGUUGGGGAGUCUCGCAGAGAACAGCGUGAGAUGGGCCAGCUUCGACGACUGCAGUGCGAAGGAAUGGGCCGCGGAAGUCAAGGAUGGGGCCACGGGCAAGGGCAUCCGAGCGCAGAGACUGAAGGAGUGGAUAUCCAAGUGGGAGAAGUUCUGCGCGUGGAUCGUGGACGAGUUCGGCGCUGACGAGAACUUGGAUCCCGAGGAGUGACGCCGAAAUGCAUCCAACAUCUAACAAUUUAUAAAAUCCAACCACCCAUGACAGAAGCAACAGGAAGAGAGAAAAAAUAGUAAAACAAGACGUGUAUGUACAUACAUAUACGCAUAGAUAGUCCCACGCCAUUCAACAGGCCCAACACAAAAAUACCAUAACCAAACGUUCAACCAAAAACACAC